AAUCAUUCUUCCAAAAUCAUUUACAAAUAGAGAGAUCUCAAAAUUAAGUAAAAGCAAAACAAUAAAAAUAAAAAUGGUGUCAAGAGUAGAAGAAGCCAUCAAAGGAAGAAAUCAACAACAACAACAACAAAAGCAAAUGAUGCAAAUAAUGCAAUGUAAUAAAGGCAAAAUUAACAAGUUUAAGAGAAGCACUUCUAGUCUUGAAGAAGAUGGUGCUUCUUCUGCUAUCCUUUUCCUUGCUUGCAUUGCUUGUGCUCCUUCUUCUACAUCUUUUUAACUUUUUUUUUUUUUUAAUCUACUGUAUCGUACUUUUUCUGUUCUAUUAUACUUGCAAUUGAUAGUAACACUUUCACACAUAACAUGUGACAAUCAAUUGUAAAUAUUACUGAACAGAUGUAACAAUAUUUAUUUUAAAUUUAGUUGUCUCAUUACUAGUAGAAAUAAUAAUGUGACAAUUAAAUUUGUAUGAAUAAUGUAGUAGUCUAGCUAAAAUACUAAUACUAGUAGCAAGUUUUUUUUGUUAUAGGUAAUCCAUGGUAUGUAAUGUAGCACUUUUUUGUGGACUA